AGAUGCUAGAACAGUCUCAUUUCUCUCCUUCCCUCAGUAAGUCGAUCUGUUGAACAUGCAGUGAAAGUUCUGCCCUCAGAAACCAAGAUGGAUCUUUGGAGACUAAAGGAGAUAUUUUAUAGGAUCCAGAACUCUGUCAACCAGCUUCUGCACUGGAUUCUGGUGCGCUUCACUGAUCUCACAGCUGGACUGCUGGCUCAUUUCUUGUUCAGACGCCAUUUUCACUUCCUCCUCUCUGUGCUGGUGAUGUUUGGACCUGUUCUGAGUCUCUGGGUCUCCAAGUACAGCAUAUUUGGCAACAAGAAUCACUACCUGUACAGGCUCUUCCUGCAUUCCUGCUGGGGCUGGACCUGUAUAUUAUGUGGCUCUUUCAUCUUUCUUCUCUCAUACUGCAUCAGUAACUCGUUCAUUCACUCAGUCCGUCAUCUCUCUCGAUUCGCUGUGGCCGGGACGCUGUGGACACUGUGCCGCCGUCUCCUCUCCUUCCUAGUGGACGCCUCUGGAAGCUGUUUUGAGCCACUUCAAAGCCCCACAGACGUCCACAGGAACCCCAAGAAGCUCCUGGACUCUGAUACAGGCCCCUUAUUACUACUGAGAGAGAAACAGGGUAAAGCAGCCUGCCUUAAGGCCGGCCUACAGUGGCAGGGAUGUGAGGUGUCUGAUGACAUCCUCAUUCUGAGUUUAUGUUGUUUGAUUCUUGCUGAAGAAAUAGUGGUUUUUAGGCCCUGCGUGGCUCUAGGAAAGCCUGUAGGGACGCCACUGAGGAUACUCUUCUUGUUGUGUGUGUUGUUGAUGAGUCUCUGGAUCUUCCUGAUUGUCUGCUUGCUAGCACACUUCCCGCUGUUCCCUUCCCAGCUGGUUGGAGGUGCUCUUGGGUAUCUGGGAUGGAAGGGUCUUUAUUAUAAGGGCUGGUGUGUUUUAAAGCCUGGCUGGUGCUGUGUUGGAAGAACAAAAGCUUUGAUUUCAGAUAACACAUGUAAUACUGCAUCCAAUGAGACAUGAAUGUUAAAGAAAUGAGAAAUAGAAUAUGUAAAAAGGUGUCAGAGACAAAAAAAUAUACAUACCUUUUAAUUAGAUACACAAAUUCAGGUUCAACCGAAAUGUCUUUUUGUUUUUUUUAAAGUCUCUUCUGCUCACUAAGGCUAUGAUUAUUUUAUUAAUAUACUCUAUAACAGAUAUGUCGUGAAAUUUUAAAAUAUUGCAAUUUAAAAUAACUUUUUCCUAUUUGAAUAUAUUUUAAAGAAUAAUUUAUUCCCGAUGGCAAAGCUGAAUUUUCAGCAGUCAUUACUCAAUUAUUACAAGUUUUUGUAACAUUAUAAAUUUCUUUCCUGCCUCCAUUGAUCAGUGAUGUGCAUCUUUGCCACAUAAAUGUAUUCAUUUAAAAAAAAAAGUACAGCUUCUAAACUUUUAAAUUGCAAUGUAAAUUAACAUUAUAUUUAACGUAAAAUAAACUUUUGUUAAAAAGGACUAUAAA